AUGAGGUGCCGUGUACUCCGUGAUAUCAACGCUCGUCAAGCAGUUGCCAACAACGAAAUUACUCGUCAAGCAUUCAGAUACAUCACUCGCAAUGAGACAUUACCUGCUCGUGUGCGCCAUCAAGCACAACUUCAACUCAAUGCCAUGCCUAGAAACUCUUCACCUACAUACAUUCACAACCGUUGUGUCGCCACUGGUCAUGGCAGUGGUGUGCUCCGUGAAUUCAAGUUGUGUAGAUUUCAGUUCCGUUUAAAGGCCUUGAAUGGUGAACUUCCAGGUGUUAAGAAGUCAUCUUGGUAG